CAAGUCUAGUAAGAUUUGUAGUCUCAAAAGUUGAACGCUUCAACUUUUUUUUUCUCUUAAGUUGAUCUUCUCUUCUUCAGAAAUAUGUUCUGGUCUAGCUAAUUACGUAUACCCUCGGCUAUGUUUUUCUUUAUUAAUGAAGUCUCUUAAUUUCCCUGGAUGCUGAAAGAAUUCAUUUAAGUAAACAACAUGGCAACCGGAGGAGGAGCAACAACUUCUCGUUCUCUGCAAGUCACACCAACCUGGGCUGUAGCAACCGUCUGCUUCAUCUUCAUCUCCUUCUCUAUUUUAAUCGAACAUUUGAUUCAUCUCCUUGGCAACUGGCUUAAAAGAAAAAGGAAGACUGCCUUGUUUGAAGCUGUGGAGGGGCUUAAAACAGUUCUCAUCGUCUUAGGGUUCAUGUCUCUAAUUCUUACUGUAAGUCAGAGAUGGAUUUCGAAAAUCUGCAUCCCCAAUAAAAUUGCAAACACUAUGCUCCCUUGCCGUCAAACUACACAGACCAAAACCACAAAAGCAUUAGCAUAUCAUGAACAUGUAUGGAUUGAUUCUUUGCAAGGAAGAAGAUUGGCUGCAAGUGAUGAUGAUACAAGCGGAUCUUCUGAUUAUUGUGCCUCUAAGGGAAUGACUUCUCUAAUAUCACAGGAAGGACUAAACCAGCUGAGCAUCUUCCUCUUUGUGUUAGCUGUGAUGCAGAUUGUCUACUGUGUUCUCACAAUGGCUUUAGGAAGAGCUAAGAUGAAGCGAUGGAAAACCUGGGAGAGAGAGACUGAAACUGUGGAAUACCUGGCUGCCAAUGAUCCUAAUCGAUUUAGAUAUACGAGACAAACAACCUUUGCACGUCGACAUAUCAGUUCUUUUACAAGCACAGCACUCCAUCUAUGGAUUAAAUGUUUCUUCAAUCAGUUCUUCAACUCCGUGGCAAAAGUUGAUUACCUCACAUUGCGCCAUGGUUUCAUUUCGGCUCAUUUGUCCACAAACAGCUCCUUCAAUUUCCAGAAGUACAUUCACAGAUCCUUGGAGGAUGAUUUCAAAGUUAUAGUUGGCAUCAGCCCUUUCAUGUGGUUUUUAGUGGUUAUUCUGAUGCUCCUGGACGUGCAAGGUUGGAAUGUUUAUCUAUGGGUUUCAUUUAUUCCACUGACUAUUGUUUUAGUUCUGGGAACCAAACUCCAAGUAAUCGUUGCAAGAAUGGCACUUCAGCUCAAAGAUGACCACAAUGUAAUCAAAGGAGCCCCUUUAGUGCAUCCAAACGACAAUUUCUUCUGGUUCAACAACCCAGAAUUUGUAUUGACGUUGUUGCACUACACUUUGUUCGUGAAUGCAUUUGAGAUAGCUUUCUUGGUUUGGGUCACGUUGCUAUAUGGGAUUCACUCUUGUUACCAUGAAAGAUUAGACAUAAUCAUUAUCCGGGCGGUUCUAGCGGUGACAGUUCAAGUCUUAUGUAGCUACAUUACACUUCCCCUCUAUGCUCUUGUGACUCAGAUGGGAUCACAUUUCAAAAAGGCACUGCUGGAAGAGCAAACAGCAAAUGCUAUAAAGAGAUGGCAUGACGGAGUAAAGCACAAAAGGAAAAAACAACAGGACAUGUCGCAAUCUGGCCACGACAUGUCAUCCACUAAUUUUAGCAGCAACAGAACCCUUGGUUCCCUGGAUUUAUCUUAUCAUCAUCGCACGCCUAUUCUAUCAGACCCCGCUAGUUUUCCUGGAAAAACAGAAAUUAUAGAAGGUGAUCAAGAAAUUUCCCAAGAUGGACUUGAUCCAGCCAUCGUUACAUCAAACGAGAUUCAAAUAGAAAGGAACUGACAUUAGUCAUAACCAGGAAAUUGAGCUUGUAAAUUCAGUUACAUUAGAUGAUUGGGUAGACAUGUUAAGCCUUUAUAAAGAAAAACUUGAUACACUUGUAAAUUCAUGUCAAAUUUUGUCAUCCUUUUAUAUUUUUUUC